AGCAGGUGUAAAAUGACAGAUGAAGGUUGUUCUGCUGUGACUUCAGCUCUGAAAUCAAACCCAUCACACCUGAGAGAACUGAACCUGACAGGGAAUAAACUAGGAGACUCUGGAGUGAAAAACCUCAGUGAUCUACUGAUGAACACACAAUUCAAGCUGGAGAAACUAGAUCUGUAUAGAUGCAGUAUUACAGAGAAACAGUGUCUCAUCCUGACUUCAGCUCUGAAAUCAAACCCAUCACACCUGAGAGAACUGAACCUGAGUGAGAAUCAAAUAACAAACACAGCAGUGAAUCACUUAUGUGACGUACUGAAGGAUUCACACUGUAAACUGGAGAGAUUGAGUCUUUCUGACUGUGGAAUUACAGAUGUUUCUUCUUUAACUCAGUCUUUGACAAACACAAAAGCACUGCAGUUUCUAAAAGAGCUUAAUCUGAGUUUUAAUAAGAUUGGAGACUCAAAGCAGCAGCUCAUUGAUGUGCUACGAGACUCGACCUGUAAACUGAUAUGAAGCAGAUGCCGUUAUUGAGAUGUCAAGACCCUGUUUGCCAGAAUCAAGUUCAGAACAGAUUCUGAUGGAAUCACAAGUUUCAAAAUGUUGUGAAGCAGCAGUUCUUCAUCCUGUUCCUUUCAUCUCCUGCUCUGCACAUCUCUCUAUCUCACUUGAUUCACUGAGGGACAUUUCAGUUACACUGCUGUCUUUAAUCAAAAAUAUCUUAAUCUGUGUUCUGAAGAUGAACAAAGGUCUUACGGGUGAAACAACAUGACAGAAUUUUCACUUCUGGGUGAACGAUCCCUUUAAGACAAGACUGAGGAUUAUGAAAACCUCCUGAGUCUACUCACACAAAAAACAGUAAGCAUGGAGAGUGAGAUGAAAGCAAUGAGGAGCUCAGUAGCCGCCAUGUACAAACUUUAUUCUCGUGUGCUGGGUGAUGGGACUGGUCAGCGAGCAGAGGAGAUUAGACUUGAUGUGUGUGGCACCAUCGAUGAACUCCUCUCUCUAGAAGAGAAGCUAAAAGAAACACAUUCAGGAAGAGAGUGGUGUGUUACUGGUGAUCUGUAACGCUUCAUUAACAGAUUUAUGUUAAUUAACAAAAAUAUCAACUGAUCCAUUUAGAUGUAUUCCAUCUUGCAGACACAUCAUUUAAGCCUGUUGGAGGUCCAAACCCUGGGGAGAACAGCCGGCGGGUAAUGCGGGCAGUGUCCUCCUACAACGUCUGGAAGAAAUUCAGACUAAAGGGGAAAAAAGGGAAGAGGCCACUCCAAAACAUGAUUGUUAUGAAAGUCA